AUGAAUAAAUUACUAUUAUUUGGUUUACGUCUCAACCAAAAAACUCUAUUCUUAGGAAAGGUUCCUGUAUGUGCAUACUCCACAGAAGCAUCUAAUAAAAUAUUCAAUGGGGCUAAAGAUAGAUACAAUGGCAUCACAAUUGACUCCACUAAAGAAAUGUUUAAUGAGAAAAAGUUCAAUGAAAAUCUGGAUGAUUCGUUAUCAAAAUGGGCAUUACAAGGGUGCAGAUGUGUAUGGUUUAAGGUGAACAUCAAAGAUGCAUUCUGUGUCCCCAUACUAGCACAAAAAGGAUUUAAUUUCCAUCAUGCAAGAGAUGACUUUGUGAUGAUGUACAAAUGGCUGCCUGGAGACUCGAUGCCGAAUCUUCCUCCGUCUUGCCAUACAAACCUCGGUGUGGGCGCCAUGGUGUUUAAUGACACAGGUCAUCUGUUGGCUGUAUCAGAGAAGCACUAUGAGUAUCCUCAUUGGAAACUUCCCGGAGGUUAUGUUGAAAAAGGUGAAGAUAUAAUAGACGCCGCCGUGAGAGAGGUGAAAGAAGAAACAGGAGUUGACGCCAGAUUUGAAUCUCUCGUUACUUUCCGUCACACGCAUAACAUGAUGUUCGAGAACUCUGAUAUUUACGUUAUUCUCAUGAUGAAAGCUCUCACAGAUAAAAUAACACCAUCCCAAAGAGAAGUGAAUCUCUGUAAAUGGAUGAAAGUAGAAGAGUACACUAACCAUCCACAUGUCCAUAAGUUUAAUAGAUCCCUUGUCCAUACAGCCUUAGAAUACAAGAAACGAAAUUUAAAACUUGAUAUAAAGAAACGGAAAGUUCAAUGGGCAACUCAUGUACGAGACAUGAACUUCCUCGUUGUGGAAGAUUGUCAAUAG